UGUAGUUUCCUCAGUAUCCUCAGAUGGUUGCUCUGUAAUUAUAUUUGUCUGUUUCACCAAGCCAGCCAAGACUUCUAUCUGCCCCCAUACUAAUACUUUCAUACUAGGAACAAGCUUAGUCAUGGCUCAGGCAGGAAUGCGUGAACUUCUUGAAAAGGCGUUGGCAGAAGAGAAAGAUAUUAGUCCUUCAGAUCGGAUGUUUUUCCAUAAUGGAGAGAUGUAUCCUACUAUUAUUUGUUGCCCAGGAACACUGAAAAUUCUUGACACCUUUGAAGCCAGGAGUGAUGAUGUGAUUUUAGUUGGAUACCCCAAAACUGGAACUAAUUGGGUUGGUCAGAUUUUAGUUGAGUUGGAAGCUGCAUCUGGAAAAUAUGAUGAAAAAGAAAGGAAAAAGAGGAGUAUGCAGCAAAGAGAAAAGGAAUUAUCACUAUUCCCAUACCUUGAAUUUGGGGAUCCGGGAAAAUUUGAGAGGAUGAAGCAACUACCUUCCAGAAGAGUGAUAAAAACUCAUCUCGCUCCUCAAAGACUACCCAAAUCAAUUUUUCAAAAGAAGGCAAAGAUACUGGUUUUGUUUCGGAAUCCAAAGGACACAGCUGUCUCUUACUUACAUUUUUCAAACAGUAUGAAAUUGUUUCCAACCCAAAAAACCUGGGAUGAAUUCUUUUCAGACUUCAGCAGUGGAAAAGUGCCUUAUGGUCUUUAUUUCAACCAUAUUAUUGAAUGGAACAAGUAUCUGGAUGACAAAAAUGUCAUGUUUAUUACCUAUGAGGAAAUAAAAGAGAAUGCAGCUCUGGGAAUGAAAAGAAUGGUUGACUUCUUUGAUUUUUCUGUAAGUGAACAAGAGAUUCAGUCCAUUGUGGACAAAACUACUUUCAAAGCCAUGAAAGAUCGAGCUUCAGAAACCCACGGAGAAAUAGCCAAGAAUCUUUUCCGUAAAGGCAUAGUGGGUGACUGGAAGAAUAUCUUCUCAGAAGACCAAAAUGAAGAAAUGGAUAGAAAAUUUGAAGAGAGUGUAGCAAGGACAAAGCUUGGAAUGAUGUUAAAGUAUGAUGAAUACUGCAAAUGCUGAGUACAACAGUGUUAUAGAUUUCUUAUGGCAUGAUGGGUAAUAGAUUAAUUUGAAUCAAUCAGAAUCAAUUUGGUUUUUAUUUUUUAAAUUUCUGUUAUUUCUUAUGCUAAGAUUGCCUUUAGCUGUCAACAAUAAAUAAACUUAAGCCAGUUUUGGUGAUUACAUUUUGUUCUAGUACUUCACCACUUUUUACAUUGCUGAUUCACUGUAUUUUUUAAGUUAAACAAUGUUGUGAAUGUUAAUAAAGUAUUCUACUUAUACAUAGGGUCUCUCCCUCCCUCAUUUCCUCCCUCCUUCUCUCCCUCUCUCUCCCCCUCUCAUUUUAUCUCUUAUAAAAGAAAAUAUCAAACAUUGGUGGAGGAGGGAGAAGAUACACACCAAACACAUUGUUCAUCCAGGGUGUCAAAACACCCUUAGGCUGGCCCUGUGUCAGCUAGCUGCCAUAGAAGACUGUGUAUCAGUAGUCCGCCCCCCGCCCCCACCAGCCAGGCAUCUGCGCAUGUCCUGUCCUCCCCGUAUAUUGCCUUGUGUCAUGCAUUCCUGUCUGUAAACGCUAGGCAACGCUUAUCAGCAAGAUUAGCAGGUGUGUGGAGGCGCCACUUAGCUUGAAGUAUAACGAACUACAACCGUGUGAAGCUGUAAUUGUUUAUGUAUUUGGAAACGUUGAUUCUCAGGCUUUUGAGCGCGAACCCAGGAGUCUGGCCGCUCGGUGGGAACCAAAAUUAUUGGUUAUUGUCCUGUUUGAAUGCAUUACAUUAUUCCUUGCCCA